AUGAGGACCUUGGAGCCGGCGGUGAGGGCCACGUCGCCUGGAGGAGGGAGAUCGGAGGAAUACCCUUCCAGGGGUCCUGUUAAUAAUAGGAAUGCUCACAACAGAAAGUUUGGUUUGUCACACAACUACACUGAUGCUUUGUUCAAGUGCAUAUUGUUUUUCGAAGGCCAGAGAACUGGAAACUUACCACCUUCGCAAAGAAUGACUUGGAGGAAAGAUUCAGCCCUGAAGGAUGGGCGUAUUACACCCUCAGACGAUCUUGUUGGGGGUUACUAUGAUGCAGGUGACAAUGUGAAGUUCAACUUUCCCAUGGCCUUCACGACAACAAUGUUGUCGUGGAGCGUUCUAGAGUUUGGAAAUUUGAUGGGAUCUGAACUUCAACAUGCUUUGGAAGCUAUAAGAUGGGCAACUGAUUAUUUGCUUAAAGCCACAAAUGAACCUGGUUCAGUGAUUGGCGUAGUAGGCGACCCCAAUGUAUAUAGAUUGUUAGUUUUUACUUCGUACACGUAA